AUGGCAAAGUCAGCACGGUCUUCAAACACGAAACGCAACAACAGAAAUCUUCGAGCCAAGGUCUUUGGGCCUGCCGAAAAUGCCCGUACCGCAAGGCUGUCCGCGAAGCUACAAGAACUAGCAGCCAAACCCCGGCCAAUCCAGGACAAGGCUAUGGAUGUGGACGAGCCCGUGGAACAAGGAGAGCAAGAUCAGUCCAAUGGCAAUACGAACUCGGAAGACAUGGACAUCGACGGGCUCCAAGCCAAAGUAGUCAAGCCAAAAGUUGACCACAAGCAACGACGCAAAGAACAUAGAGUCUCCAAGAAGAAGCCCAGGAACCAGAUGGUCUUCUCCUCGGAACGUGCGAGGAAGGCUAAACAAGCCUUGAAGAAAAGCAAACGUUGA